GAUCAGGAGUUGCCGGUGUGAGUGCGCGCUGAAGUUUGCUUCAUUUAAUGGACCUAGUUUAGGAGACUUGUUCAGGCGCGGAGGCAAGCGACCCUCUUUUUUCCUACCACUUCUCUCUCUCCAAAUCAGCUGUCUCUCAGGCGAAUUCGUUCCUUCCUAUUGCACACCUGUGAGAAUUCACCAUCAGAACAUCUCAGAAUAGACUGGGACCGAUCCGAGCAACUCAAAGGUUAGGUUGCUGUGCUACCUAGGAUCAACCAUGCGUGUGAUCGUAUCCUUGGCGUUCCUCCUGACUGCCUGCUGGGCCAAGCCAUUUCAACAGUUGGACUUCCUUGAGUUCAUGCUGGAGGACGAAGGCUCUGCUUUUCUUCCUGAAGACGAUAUGCCCAUGUGUCCGUUUGGCUGUCAGUGCCAUCUGCGCGUGGUACAGUGUUCUGACCUGGGUCUCUCCACUGUGCCAGAGAACAUUCCCAAGGAUACCACACUGCUUGACCUCCAGAACAACAAGCUCACGGAGAUAAAAGAAAACGACUUCAAGAACCUGAAGAACCUUCAUGCCUUGAUCCUGGUUAACAACAAGAUCAGCACCGUUCAUCCCAAAGCCUUUGCCCCUCUGCUGAAGUUACAGAGACUUUACCUGUCCAAAAACCUACUGAAAGAAAUCCCAGCCAACAUGCCUCCCUCACUCCAAGAGCUGCGGAUCCACGAGAACGAGAUCACCAAAGUGAAGAAGAAUGCUUUUGACAACCUGUCGCAGGUGUAUGCCUUGGAAAUGGGCAGCAACCCCCUGAAGAACUCUGGUAUUGACAGCAGGGCUUUUCAAGGUCUGAAGAAGCUCUCCUUUAUUCGACUUUCAGAUGCAGCCCUCACAGCUAUCCCCAAAGAUCUCCCAAGCUCUCUGUCUGAAAUUCAUCUCGAUGGUAAUAAAAUCACUCGGGUGAAAGCUGAUUCGCUGAAGGGUCUCCACAACUUGGUCAGACUGGGCCUGAGUUUCAAUGAGAUUGUCACUGUGGACAACGGGUCCCUCGAUAAUGCGCCGUACCUGCGAGAACUCCACAUGGACAACAAUGCCCUCAUCAAGGUGCCUGCCGGCCUGGCUGACCAUCGAUACAUACAGGUAGUUUACCUCCACAACAACUUAAUUACGACUGUGAGCGUUAACGACUUCUGCGGCCAGGAUUACUACGCCAAGAAGAACCUGUACUCGGGGAUAAGCCUCUUUAACAACCCCGUCCCCUAUUGGGAGAUCCAGCCAAUUACGUUCCGCUGUGCCAUGAAUCGAGCAGCCAUCCAGCUUGGCAACUUCAAGUAAAACCUCCCCACCCCACCCCCCCCCCCCCCCCCCCCAACCCCGUCACCCCGAGAAGGAAAUGUCGUAGGAAGUGCUGAGUAUCUCCUUUGAAAACUAAAGUCCCAAGAACUAUCACUAGGUUCAGCCAUGGCUUAAUUCCAAAAGACAGACGCUACUAAAAUACCUCCAUUAUUCCCAGAUAGGUAUAGAAACUUGCAUACCCUUGCGCCUCGCACUCUUACCUGUCAGUGUACUCUCCCGUGGACAGGCACAUGUCUGUCAUGCAGUCCGACUGCAGCCCGCCACCAGCUGAUAAUUUAUUGUCCACUGUUGUGAUGGUCUGACAGCCACACUCUGUACCUCACAGUUCCUCUUUGCCGUCCCAAGGCAGUGAACCAUUUGUUGUCAGAUUUCAUCACCCUUUGAAGCAGCAAGAGCAGCAAAUUUGUAACAGAACCCUUUAGAAGUCCUUUUGUCCUUGUUUCACAGUGAAAGCCUUUGCAUGUGCUGGAAUGGGGAGGGGAGCAAGGGUUUUGACUGUCAAUUUUUUUGUAAACUCUAUGUAUCAUAAACAGCAUGUUGGUGCUUGUGCAUCCAAAGUGAUACCAAGACUAAAUAUAUUGUAAGCUCCAA